GUCUGUGUCACGUCUGUGUUGUGUUGUGUAUAUUCCAGAGAUAUGUAAGAGAUUCUCAAUAUUUUUUGGAUUCAUUACUUCCAUUUUUUUGUUUAUGUUAAACGCACUAAAUACUAACAAAAUGGAAUUUGAACAUUUACCUGAAAUAAAAUGCGAACUAGACCUGUAUGAGGAUAAACCAGAGACAGUCGAUAUUGCUGAUUUGUUUAAUAAUGGAUCUGAGGAAAAUGUGCCUUUUGAAGUCAUUGGUGCAAAUGAAGCAGAUUAUCAGGUAGUGUUUGCUAAUAAUGUGGAAAUUGAUUCCAGUUUAAAAGUUGCAGAAGGAACUGAAAAAGGUUUUCCUCCUUCAGAAGAUGUACAGAAAGAUGAUAUAGACAGUUUUUUGCUACAUCACUCACUCAAACGUAAAAGUGCCACUGGUCCAACAAAAAAGUUUGUUGAAAACAAUCAAUUAAUUCAAAAAAUGACUGUGCGUACCGAUGAGAAACAAAUUACUGCUAAAAAUAAAAACAGAAAAACAAAUUUACCCAGUGAAAAGCCGUUUGCAUGUAAUGUAUGUCCUAAGAAAUUUGCUGUCAAAAGUAGCUUGACAAAACAUUCACUUACCCAUGCUGAAGAAAAACCUUUUGAGUGCGAUAUUUGUCAUAAAAGAUUCAGCCAAAAUUCCCAAUGUCUUGUACAUAGACAAACACAUACAAAAGACAAACACUUCAGGUGUAAUGUUUGUUUUAAGGACUUUAAGGGAGAAUCCACCCUAAACAGACAUAUGAAAUUGCACCCUGGCUCGACUAUUUUAACAAAAAAUGAUCAGUCUACCCAACAAGAAGUCCUCCAUGAUGAAGAUAAGACUUUACAACCGAUAUUGAUUGAAAAGAGUCCAAAUAUAUCCACAGAUAAUAAUAAAUUAACAAGUAGUACACUUUUGAAUGUUAAAGAAAACAAUGUGCAACAAACCAAAGUUGAUAAUCAUUUCAAACAAAAACCUAAGCAGGGUACGAUUGUGCAUAGUAAAGAGAAACACAAACCUUUUCAAUGCAGAUUUUGCUAUAAGCAAUUCUCAAUGAAAACCAAUCUAAAACGUCAUAUAUUUAGGCAUGCAGAUUUAGCUAGAUUUAAGAAACACAUACAAAAACGCACUGGAGAACAACCAUUAAGGUGUAAUAUAUGUUUUAUAAAAUUCACGUUUAAGGUUACCCUAAUAAAUCAUUUACUUAGGCACACGGGAGAAAAACCCUUUGAGUGUGAUAUUUGUUGUAAACUGUUUUUUCAAAAUAAUCAUUGUAUUGUACAUAAGCGUGCACAUAUAAAAGGAAAAGCCAAAUCACACAUUGAUCAGCCAAUGAAAAAUAUUCCUGUAAAUGCAAAAGAAAAGUCUUUGCAACAUAUUAAAUUGGAUAAUUUUCGUAAUAUUUUAAAAGUAAAAUCAUUCCAAUGCAAAAUUUGUUUCAAACAGUUUUCAUUACAAUGCAAUUUAAAACGUCAUAUACCCACGCACUUCCGAAUAAAACGCUUUAAAUGCAGUAUAUGUUUAAAGAGGUUUUCUUCAAAAGUCACUCUAACAGACCAUGAGCGUACACAUUCUGGAGAAAAACCCUAUAAAUGUGAUUUGUGCCCAAAGAAAUUUAGGUCAAAGACGCCCUUCAAUAAACAUAUGAGAUUGCACACCAGCGAAAACCUUAUAAAGUGUAAUUAUUGUCCCAAACAGUUUACAUGUAACACACGACUUCAGAGGCACGUAGUAAGAAGACACACUGGAGAAAGACCAUUCCAAUGUGUUGUUUGUUUCAAGAAAUUUACAAACAAAGGAAACCUGAGCAAACAUUUAUAUUCCCACACUGGAGAAAAACUUACUGAGUGUAAUGUUUGUCAUAAAAAAUUUGGUGAAAGAUGCCAGUUUAAGAGGCACAUGAUGAGAAUACACCCUGAAGAGAAGCCUUUUGAAUGUGAUAUUUGUCAUAAACCAUUUAUUGCAAAUAGCUUAUGUGUUAAGCACAGACGUAAACAUACAUUAGAAAAACCAUAGUAACAUGAGAUUUGUUCCAAGAAGUAUAGAUUAAUCUUCUUGUCCCUCAAAUUUCACAACCAUGAUAUUCUUCUAGGGCCUGGAUUUCUUUUCGUUCUAGUUUUCCCUGCAUUAUAUUUAAUAUUUCCUUAUUUUUUUUUUUUCUCAUUAGGUAGCCCAAAUAUUCGAGUUUUCUUCUCUUUAUAGUUAACAUAAACCUCAUAGUUUUCCUAUACAACGAUGUAGCAGUUACACAUUUUUGACUAGAUUAAUCUAACUUAUCGUAUCAAUGGUAGCACCACAUUCGAAGCUUUCAAUAUUAUUGUUGUUUAGUUGAAGAGUCCCGGCCUCUACUCCGGCUGUUAAAUACAGUGGCCCUGAAUAUUCCUAAUCAUAGGGGGAUAUUUAUGCCCCUAUUGCAGAAGAAUUUUUUUAUCCUAAUGAAAGUGGCCUUGGCAAUUUCAUCUCUUUAUUUAACUGUUUUUAUCUCCAGUUUGAUUUAUUAAAGUUCCAAAGUAAUUCUAAAUUUGAGUGCCAUUUUUACUAUAUAAUUUAUAGUAAUUAUUAAAAGCAAGAUUUAUAUUUGUAAGCAAUCGUUGUAAGUCUUCUGCUUUCAGUAUAGACAUUAAAUAGCAAUGGUGACAAGAUACAACCCUGUCAUUCCUCUGGUUAUUUUUAUUUCUUCACAAGUUUCGUUUUCUAUUUUGCUAUUACCUUGUGAUUCCCAGAAUUAUUCGUUUUUUAUGGGAGUGCUUCGAAGCAUACUUUAGCAUGUAGUAAGUUUAUUAUUCCUAAGAUGUCUUUAUUGUGUUCAUUACGUUUCAGAUUGACAAAAAAUAGUUUUUUGGGUUGCUUGUUUUCCCUGUUAUGAAGAGUCAUGAUUUUUGAAACUGUAUGUAAACGGAACUUUUUUUUUUUAAUUUAUACAUGAAUAUUCUAAUUGGUCUUUAUAAAUAAAUUUAUUAUUUCC